AUGGCGACUCCAGAGAAGAAGGAGGAGCCCAAAAAGGUCAGGCCGUUGCUCGAGCUGGCCAAAUGCUCCAAAGCUACUCAUCCGCCUAACCCUCAAGACUAUGGCCCGAUCAUCACCGUUACAGUCGGCAAUUGGAGCUCGAAGCGCGAGUUCCACGUCUACGAAGGCCUUCUCUCUCACUACUCCUCCUACUUCAAAGCUGCCGUAAAGGAUUGUUGGGGUAAUUCAAAGACUGUGGAGCUGAAGGACGAUAACCCGGAGGUUUUCCAGGCGUUCUUUCACUGGGUCUAUACAGGAAAGCUCUACUUCGCACUCGACGCUUCAGGGGAAGUUCCUCUAGACUUUCCCCUCAUCUACGAGAUCUACAUUUUCGGUGAUGCUCGCGGGGCUCUUGAUCUAUGCAAUGCCGCUAUCGACCUUCUUAUUCAAAAGAUGGAUCAGGAGUGGGCGUUUCCACAGCUGCACCUCUCCUACAUCUAUGAGAACACAUUGACCGGAUCAGCUCUUCGAAAAGUCCUUGUGGAUUUCGCUAUAGACACCUUUCGGUUCACGGAUCUAGUCGAUCCAAGCCAGCGAGCGAAGGAAAUGGUGUCUUAUCCUCACGAGUUCUUCGCUGAACUGGUCGUGGCUUUCAUGGCUCUUGGGGCAGAACCCAUUCCAUCAUGUGUGGGAUAUGCGACACCGAGCGGCGGCAAGACCUCCGAUUGGGCAAGUUUCAUCAAGCCCUUGAUAUGUUCAAGAUAUCACGAUCACCCAGCACCUCCAGCUUGA